AGAGCACAGCAAGUUCAUAUCUAAGCUCAGCUCUUUGCACUUUAGGUUUUUAAAUCAUGCCGAAGAACAAAGGAAAAGGAGGAAAGAACAUUAAGAGAGGAAAAAAAGAAGCAGACGACGAUAAACGAGAGAUCAUCUUCAAAGAAGACGGCCAAGAAUACGCUAUAGUUCUCCGCAUGUGUGGCAACGGACGGUGCGAAGCCAAGUGCAUAGAUGGAAUCACAAGGAUGUGUCACAUCAGAGGUAAGAUGCACAAGAAGGUUUGGAUUAGCGCUGGUGACGUUAUUCUUGUGGGACUAAGGAUGGAUAUGGACAACGACACCAAAGCUGACAUCAUCCAUAAGUAUACUCCUGACGAAGCUCGUUUUCUCAAGAGUUGUGAUGAGCUUCCUCGUGACCUUCGUCUUAACGAAGGGGUUGCUGGUGUGUUUGAUGUGGAGGAUGACGUUGAAUGUGGUCAGGACUAUUUUGAGUUUGGUGAUGAUGAGAUUGAUAGGCUCUAAACUAAGCUUUACAUGUAUUUUUUAAUUAUUUUUUACUUUAUUCUUCUUUCUAAGUCUCUCAAACUUGAUU